GAUAUGAGGCGCGUAAGUUCGAAACGGUUGACCUUUAAGAGCCAAGUGAUAAGUGCUGUUCAACAAACAAACAAAAAGUUAAGAAAUAAUAGAUAAAUAUUUUGAGUGUUAUUUAGAAAGUGCUGACAGUUGAUUUGACCGAAUGUGAUUUGGAUAUUUUGCUUUAAAUUUGUACUGAACGACUUUCAAAUGAAAUGGAGUCAAAUCAUGCAUUGCCUGCAGGAAAUGAUGAGCCAAACUAUGCUACAAAUUUGAACAACGAACUAAUACUUUCAACAAAACUAAAUAAGAGCGAUAAUUACACCACAGUGUUGAGAGUAAACUCACCCAUCGGGACCACGGUGCGUAUACGUGUCCGACAUACCCUUGCAUCGCAUGCGCUCUCUGAAAAUGAAAAUAAUAGAUAAACGCAUGAGGUGAAAUGAAAUAAAUAUAAAGUAUAUAGAGAGCAAGAUACAGUAAAAAGAGAAAUAGUAAUAGCAAUAAAAGUAAAUAGAAAUAAUAGAAAAAAAUUAAAUACUAUGGAAAAAAGCAGAUGUCUAUGUGAGGAAACAAAAUGAGACGUAUUAAGUGACACAUUUUGGGCGAAAAUAUCAAAGUUCGAUAUGUCCGUGCGGCAAAUAACUGUGUAAAAGAAAAUAAAAACAGAAUACAAAACAACAAAAAAAAAAAAAAAAACAAGUGUUCAGUACAGCUGAUGUUUAUGAACUAAGAACUGAAAACCCGUAGUUGCAAUCAAAAUGUACACACAUACAUACAAUUGACCACCCGCAACGCAACAACAGAUGCGAUAGUGAACUGUAUGCAACACGCCACUAGACAAUUUCGCUAGCCACUCCGUUGCUGCUGCCCAACCAAACUGCCCCCUUGAUUGUUAAUGGGUGGUCACAAUCUAUUCGUGCUUUCAUGCCUCUGUCCAUUGUCGAGUGCGUCGUCGCUGUAGACAGUAACUGCGCUAACGUUGUCACAAUUUACCGCCCCAUAAAUUCGACUCGAAAAAUUUUCCGAUGAACAGUCAUAUGUGCAGCAAACGCCUUCGGACCGUCAUUGCUCGUGGACACGUUUCCGCUGCUAUUUCCGCCGUCGGUAGUGAAUCAUGUGCGAACAGCGAGUGUCAUUGGACACUGGCAAAGGCAACGCUAACGAUAAUAGAAAACUUGCUUAAUAGCCAUGGUCAACAGUGAAUUGUAGAGUUAUAGUGUCUAUUGCAUAGCAAGUGGGUACGAGUAAAACACGAAGUGGCAAGAGGUGACGCGGUGCAAUGCGCGAAUGAGCAAUCAAGCAAAUUAUAAUGCAAAUGCACGACCAACUGAACUUAAAUAAAAAUAAAAACAACAAUAUAAAGCAAAAGGCGAAUAAUGCGGGUGUGUGCGUGUGUGUGUGCGUGAAUAGUGAAUGGUGCUGAAUGGGCGUGUAGAGCAAUUUGAAAAAAAAAUACUUUGUUACAUACAUAGAAACUCGUUAAAAGCUGCAUAAAUGUGCUAUUUUCCGAAAUCCGAUUAAGUUCUUUCGAAAUACCAAAACAACAAGAAAGAAAAGUAUAAAUACAAAUAAAAAAUAGAGCGGCCAAGCCCAUAAGUACCUAAUAUUGCGAAAAAAGUCAAACAGCAGACACACAUAUAAUUACAUGCUGGAAAAUCCGCAAAUAUGAGCAGGCAGCAAAAGCGCACAGCCUGUCAGCUCGUCAAACCAUGUGACUGUGUUUGUAAAAGAACAAAAAAAAAAUAUGUUUAACUAUGUAUCUGUGUGCCACUUUGUCUGGCAUCAUUUGAGUGCCCACUGCUGAUAGCAAAUAAUUGACACAAAAAAAAAACACGAAAGAAAACAACACUCGACUAGCUGCUGGUAAAUUUGCAAAGGUCCUUCUUUGACGUUUGUCCGUUUUUAUUCAGAUGCGCGCAUGUGUGUGUGCUGCUCCAUAUUGAAUUUGUUUUUUUAUUGCUAUUCGUGUACUUUUGAGUGGGUGUCAUUGUAUUUUACAUAUUUUCGUGGAUGACUUAUAGCCGGAAAGUUUCCGUUGUGCAAUCGUUUCGCUUGAAUGCGCUUUGAAGCGCACUCAGAGUAUCUUUUUCACAACUGCAGUCGCAUUCGUUUGUACCACGUCCAGCGACAGCAUCGAAAACAAUCAGCGGGUCAAAUAGCAGUGCAUAAAUCGUCAUACAUAUACACAUAGACUUACCGAAAUGCCACCAAAACGGAGACGUCGAUUUCAAGGACUAUACUAUCAUUCGUCACCGCCCAAAGUUCUACCAAUGAAUGGACAAACAUCGAAUCAAGGACGAAAACGUCGUGACGUAGAUGAAUUCGCCGUGAAAUUAUCUACUAUAAGAAUAUGGAUGCACGAAAAGGAUAUUGGCAAGCUGACGCGCAUCUUGUGGGCGGGCCAAGGCAGUCGAUUGUCUCAACAGGCGAGCACAAAUCCGCGUGUCAAGCGAUUUUUGGCAGCCGUGCCGUAUGUUAUGAAUUCGAUCAAGGAUGUGCAUCAGGCCGUCGUCGAUAAUAAUUUGGAAACAUUACAAGCGAAAAUGGAGCCACCGGUGCCGCCCGCCUUAAUCACCUGCCGCGAUGCGAAUGGCCUCAAUCUUGUACAUAAAGCAGCAGGUCUUGGUCACACUAAGAUACUUGAGUAUCUGAUUGGCAUCUGGCCGGAUGGCAUUACAGAGACGGAUAUAACUGGCAAAACGCCACUGCACUGGGCGGCCAGUCACAAAAAUAAUAUGCGCUGCUAUACGCUGCUGACGCAAGCCGGCUGCGAUGAGGAGGCCAUGGAUUAUAAAAUGAAAUCGCCUACUUAUUAUCGCCACAAGCCACAUGAAAUCGAGCGUGCGUUCUUGGUUUAUGUGCCAGAGGCGCCACGCGUUUCACCAGAUGUCGCCACCGAUUGGGAGGCAUUGAGCGAGGAUACCGGUGAUGGUGGCAAGAAACUAGAUAUUAAAAUACCAGAUACGAAUGGUAUUCAUGGUCGCACCACUGACGACAGUAUUGAAAAUACAUCCGAAGUAGAUUUGAAUGAUGGCAUAAGCGCCACGGACGAGGAGCAACCUGCCACGCCUAUAACCAAUGGCAAUGGUAGUGACACAGUGCCACAGACACCAGUGAAAGAUGAUAAUGCACCGACAGACGAAGGUGACGAAGACGCGCAGGAAAAUGGAGAUGCGGAAGCUGCUAAUGGUAAUGGCAGUGCCAGUGACGAAGUUGAUGCUGAUACUCAAAUUGAUAUUGAGGCCGAAGCUGCUGAUGACGCUGAGGCUGCGGCAGAGGCCGCUGAUCCUGAGGUAGAAAUAAUUGAAGAGGAGACUAAUAUGAAAACUUUAAAUGAAACGACUGCAUCAACAACUACAACAACAAAUGGGAGUGAUGAGCAUGCGGCAGAGGGUGAGAGUGAGGCGAAUGAAACGACAAAAGUGAGCAAGGGCACGGCUGAAAGCGGGAGCGCAAGCGUUGUGGACCACGAAGUGAAAGAUAAAGAUAUAGAAGAGGCGGAGGAAGCAAAGGAGGGGAAAGAAAUUGAAGAAGAAGCAACAAGUGAAAGUAUGAAUACGAAUGGCGAAAAGAAUGAUGAGAAUCUUAACCCUGAAGAGAAGGAACUUGAAGAAGAGCACAAUGUUGCUGAAAGCCAGGCGGAAAGCAGUAAAGAGGAAGUAGAAAAAGAAGCUAGUAAAAAUAGUAAUGAUGAAGUAGCAAAGACAGACACGCAGGAUAUUGAACCACGUAUUGGUGGUGAGAGCGAAGAGGUGGAAGAAAUCAAAGAAGUGACACUGAAUGGAGAAAAACAGGUGGAUGACGCAAGUCAAGAAGAAGUAACUGCAGAAGUGGACAACACUGAAAAAGAUGAGACAAAAUUGAGUGAAAAUAUAGGCGAUGAAGGAGAGCUAGCAAGCAGUGUAGUUAAAGGAAAUAAAGAAGUUGUAGAAAUAACGACAGAAAGUAGUGAAAAAGAAGCGCUAGCUGAGGAGGCAAAGGUAUUAGAAGAAAUAAGCAAAAAAGUGGGCGAAGUAGAAGAGGAAGUGAAUGAAGAAACAAAAUUAGGUAUAGCAGAAAAUGAUAAGGAGGGGGCUGAAAAAGAAGAAGAGAGAGAAAGUGAAAUAACUAAUGAGCCCAAAGAAAUCGAAAAGGAAAGUGGAAAUGGAGAGGAAAAGGAAAAUAAGAACGGAGAAGAAAGGGGGAAUGAAAAUGAAAAGGAAAGUGACAACAAAAAUGAAAAGGAAUAUGAAAAUGAAAAUAUAAAGGGGGAUGAAAAUGAAGAAUUGAAAGCUAAUGAAAAAGGAAGUGAAAUAAUUGAAAAAGAGUAUGUAGAAAAGACAGAUAACUUAAAAGAAAAUAGCGGUGGUGCUGAAACUUCGUAUAAUAAAGCACAAUCCGGCGAAAAAGAGAAAGAAGAAGGCGAUAAAAAUGAAAAGGAAAAUGAAGAUGUAAAUGACAAAUUAAAUGAAAAAUUGGAUGGAAAAGAGAAGACAACCGAAACGCCGCCAAAGAGUGCAGAAACUGCUGACGUUAAAACGGAUGCUAUGAACGUAAACUUAGAUGAGUAUAAAAGUGAAGAUAAGAGUGAUGGAAUAUUUGCGAAAAUGAAAGAAAGUAUAAUUGAAAACAGCAAUACAGAAAAAGAAUCUGAAACUAAAUCUACCCAACAACACAGCACACAACUAGACACAUUAAAUGCUAAAGACGAUGAUAGCAGUAAUCAAAAUGAGGAUAUAGAAACAACGAAACAAGAAGCACUCAACAAAGUAAACGAUAAGACUGAAGAGGAUGUGAAGAACGAGAUAAACCAACAAGUUGGACAAAUGGAGGAAGAUACAAUUACAAAAAAUGAUAUUGGAGCAAAAAAAGAGUCGCUCAAAACAGAUGAAGAAAAACCGUCAAGCCUUGAUAAAGUAGAAACGAUAAGUGAUGUAAAUGAUGCAUUUACUGCGAAAAUGCCACGACUGGCCACAGCCAAAGUGACGCGGGGUAGGCGAAAUGGUAGCGCAAAACGGAAUGGCAGUGGAAAACGAAAUGGUAGCGGCAAGAAGAAAAGCGAUGCGUUGAUCGAGGGUGAAAACGAAAAUGAAGACGACGAUGAUGAAGAUGAAGAUGAAGAUGAGGUACAAUAUGAAGCUGCAAAUGAAAACGGAGCGGAGCGCGAUUCUGAACCUGAAGCAGAAUCAGAACCGGAACUAGAACUUGAAGAUGAAUCUGAAUCCGCAACGAAAUCCGACAACGCAGCCGAGUCUGAACCAGAACCAGAAGAUGAUGUCCAUGUCAUCACAGAUCCACAUACAGCCGAACAGCUCGACGAAAAUCACAAUGAAGAUAAAUAUGGCAAUGGUGAUGCCAGUUCGCCCACCUCAUCGUUGGCCAUUGAAGGCUUCGUGGCUGGCGCAUCGGAGGAUAAUAGAGUUCAGUCACAAUCCGCUGCUUAUGUACAUGAAGUAUUAACGCUAAGCAUACAAGAGUCCGAUAUACGCAAUGCCAUUGAUUCCGGUGAUAUGGAGCAGUUAGCGCAGAUUGUGCUUAAUGGUGAUGGCAACAAGUUGGUGGAUAUGAGAUCAAAUAACCCAGAUAUACAGGCGUUUCUCAAUAAUGUGCCCAAUUAUAUGAGUAAAAUACGCCGAGUACACGAAGCAGCUCGAGAAGGCAGUUUGCUUGCUUUGCAGCAGGCUUUGGAUAGGCGAAAGUUUGCCGUUGCCAAGGAUGAGAUCUCACCUAAUGGGGCAACGCCUUUACACGUGGCAGUGCUUUUUGGAAAUGCUGAUAUUGUUCGCUACCUGGCGGCACGUUUUCCAGAAACUACCACAAUCACCGACAACGAUGGUCGAACAGCGCUUCAUUAUGCCGCCACCAUAAACGAUAAUGGACACUUCUACAACGUACUCGCACAGCUAGGUGCCAACAGUAAAGCAGUGGAUAAACUCGGUCAUACACCAGAACUCUAUCAGCAUAAUGAGGGGGCCAAAGAUAUACUCAACUAUAGACAACUACUAAGUAAUUUCGGCGCUGAAGAUCUCGAAGAUGAACUGUUAAAUGAUCAAGUACCAGAUGAUCUACACAGCUCACGACGUCAACUGCAAGAUGUUGAUUUCAACCGUACGCUCGAUCGCUGCUUCAGUGUGAUUGAGGAGUCCAGCAAAGUGCUCAGCGCCACCGCUGCCACCGCAUUAGCGCAUCGUAAGCCCUUAAGUGCCUGCACAAUGCAACUCUCCGUUGUCAGCUAUUUGAGUCGCUUUCUCAAACGGAGCGUCUUCGAGAGAAUACGUUUGCGGCAAACACGACUCGAUCACAAUCUCUUCGAUGUGAUUUGGCCGGCGAUGCGAAAAACUUCGAUGUUGCGUCAUCUCGAAGAGGAUAUCAAUUGUGGCAUCAUAGCGCCUGAUUUCGAUGUGUUCGUCGUCUUCCAGGAGUUCCUUGUGCCACUCAUCAAGGAUAUGCACUGCAUGAAUAUUAAUGAUGACUUUAAGCCACAUCCGCGUAUCGCAUUCUUUCCAAUGGAGAAUGGCAUGCGGCUGAAUACAGCCGGUUUCAGCUUCGACGAUGAACAGAAUUUAAUACAACGUUGUAGUGUGGAGUGUUCACGAAAUUUGGAAGAGUUUGAAUUGCCAUUGAGUUUGACAAUAGGACAAGUGGAACAGGCCGAACGCAUGAUGAUGGGUAAAAUUUUCACCAAUCACUUUGUCGAAGCGAUCGGUGAGACGGAGUCGGGCAGUUAUUAUACGCUAACGGAAUUGCUCGAAGAGAACUCAGAAAUAGGUGCAACACUGAGUAAAUUGGGUCUCAUGAUACCGCUACACGAUACGAAAGAUUCGGUGCAAGCAGCGGAAUCACUGGCAUUCAAUGGCCAUCUCUGGCCAUAUGGACGUGGCGUUUAUAUCAAUUCGGCAUACAAUUUGGCACUCUGGCUGAACUGUCAGGAGCAUUUGCGUGUCAUUUCAACUUCGAAUGAUGCCAAUGCCGCCAAUAUGGGCGCGGCCUAUACGCGUGUCGGACGAGUUAUCAGCUUUCUCGAGCGUGAAUUACACUUUAAGGAGAGCUACUUUUUGGGUUACCUACAAGCACGUCCCGCCUACUUGGGUACGGGCUUAAAAUGUACCACUACCAUAAAAUUGCCAAAUCUGAUGAAAGAAGUAGAUAAUUUGCGUCAUCUCUGUUCGGUGCGUGGACUCAAUCUCAUUACGCAGAAUCCCAUGUCGAAAUUGGUUGUGCAAUUGGUGAAUAUGCAAAGCUUGGGCGUGAUGGAAUAUGUGCUCUUUCAGGACUAUUGCACGGCAGUAACGAAUAUUGUGUCGCUGGAAAAAGAUAUGUCCUUGACGAACUCAAAGCACAUUGCCUCAAUGUUGGUGAAAAUAUUCCGUCGCAAAAAGAACAGUCUAGUGGAGCGCAAUUAGAGUCACCGAAUAAAGGCAUCCAGAAAAAAUGCAUCAAGUGGCGCAAAGAGAAAAAGUACAAAUUAUAUUUAUGUAAACGAACUUCGCCAAAUCAUGAGGCCAUCAUUCUUCUCUUUAAAUAAACAAAUAUUGAGGCAAUACUUUGCAUUAUGUUAGACUAUAUGUAUGUGUGUAUU